UGUUGUGAGAUAAAGCGAACCUUAACUUGGAAAAGGAAAACUGGGCCUUAAUUAAAUUAGAAAAUCUAAAAGGGGCAAGACCAGGUUAACCUCUGAACCUGCCACUGACAGCCAGCCACAGGAUGCAACCCCGUUUGGGCAUGGGCCGUGGAGGCUUAAGUUAUGCUGGACCCUUUUGGAUACUCUGCUGCUUUUGGGCUCAUGCCCUGUCUGACGAGUGUGCAAAAUGCUACCAAAUUACACGAUACAAAGGUCGUAUGAUUCAAAGCUUAAGCUACCACUCAUUUGUCAACAAAGUCUGCUAUGACUCUGGACAACUGAACACUUGCAACACGGAUUCUCGGCAAAUAUGGGUAGCAAAAAAUUUAGGAAAAGGGGGAACCAGGCUGGGACUUAGCUGUCCUAAGGGAGAGGAAUGGAUUUGUUUCACUCAAGAAGACCAUUGGGACACUUCUGACGGUGGUGGAAUGCAGGACAUGAAAAGGGAGGAAAUAAUAAAACAGAGGGUGCAAACUACAUUGAAAGAAACCACACAAGGAAAGCCUUCCAACAUAGGUGACUUGUACCAGAAAUUGAAAGACAAACUAGGAGAGGAUUGGCAACUCCCGGGUUAUGGAACUAAUCUAUAUAUUGAUCUAAUGGAACAUAUUAUUCAAACCCUGAAUUUACCUAAGUGCUGGAUUUGUAGUGGACCUUUGAUGACAGAAGAGUGGCCCUGGAAAGGUACUGGUCUCACCCCAUGGGAAAUUUUAAAAUGGAAUCACUCCCAGAAAGCAUCAGAAUCUAGGCCCCAAGGUUGGAUUCUAAUUUCUGACGUAAUUGGGCAAGAAUGCAUUGAACGGAGAGGUAGGGAAACAUAUAAAACUAAAGUAGGAGAGUCCCCAUGCCUAUCAGUGAAAAUAAUAAAUACCACAGGAGAAUACUGGUGGCCAAAGAAACCGUUAGGAUAUUGGACUGACAAUAUGACUGCAGAUUGUACUUGGCAUGAUGAAGCUCAAAGUUGGUGGUGUAAUGACACAGAUGUGAAAAACCCUUUUGAGAGCAUAAAAGAAUUAAAAAUAUAUUGGGACCAAGCAAGUAGUACUGAUUUAGAAUGGGUAGCUCCGGAAGGAUUAUUUUGGAUAUGUGGAAAGCGAGCAUAUACACAGCUCCCUAAAGACUGGAGAGGAGUCUGUACACUAGGUAUAAUCCAACCAGGGUUCUUCUUGCUGCCCCCUGAAAAAGGUAUGAGUUUAGGUGUACCUUUGUAUGAUGAUUAUGGAACCAUACGCCGAGAAAAAAGGGAAGACAUUGGGGGAACGCAAAAGUGGUACGAUGAUGAAUGGCCUCCUGAACGAAUCAUUGCUACUUACGGACCAGCUACUUGGGCCCAAGAUGGGUCCUGGGGUUAUCGAACCCCCAUAUACAUGCUAAAUAGGAUUAUCCGCCUCCAGGCAGUCAUGGAAAUAGUAGCCAAUAAGACAGUUCAAACUCUGGAUCUAAUCACAAGUCAGCAAUCAAAAACCCGAGUGGCUGUGUACCAGAAUAGGCUCGCCUUAGAUUAUCUGUUAGCUGAGGAAGGGGGGGUGUGUGGUAAAUUUAACACUUCGGAUUGUUGCUUACAAAUUGAUGAUAAUAGACAGGCAGUUAUGGAUAUUGCAAAGGAUAUCAGAAAACUGACUCAUGUACCUGUACAAAAAUGGAACUCCAUGCUUGACAGCAAAUGGUGGGAUAACUUGUUAGGAACAGCUUGGUGGAAGAAAGUAGGAUUCUUUCUAUUAUGCGCGUUGGCCAGUAUAAUAUUUUUACCAUGUUUAAUCCCUUGUUUCAUUAGAUUGAUAGUUUCUGUAGUACAAGGAAUGCAAAUAUCAACAAUGCCGAUAGAUCCAAAGACGGCUCAAAGUGCCAAGGUACUGUUAGUCACCAGAACUCCACCUUCUUGGGACGAAGAAAAUGUCAAAUUAAUAUUGUCCAGAUUAGAGCAAAAAACUCGAAUUAAUAAUUUUAUAGAAAGAGAGGAGGGAUUGUGAUAAACUGAGAAAAUAAUUUGAGUUGAUUAAGAGGAAACAGUGAAGGGUCAAUAUGACCUGGAGAGAAAAGAAAAACAAGUCGUAAAACUUAAUUGGGCCCCUAUAAAGAGAUAAAACAAGUUACCUCCCUUUUACCUUGUGUAGGAUUUAUAGUGAGACAAUUUUAGUUAGAUAGAUAAUAGGACCUUUCUUGAAAUUUAUAACUUUGUAUAGUUUGUUUAGUUAGAUAGAUAAUAGGACCUUUCUUGAAAUUUAUAACUUUGUAUAGAUAGCAAGCAAACAUCUGCAGAGUGUCUGAUUUGACAAUAUAUUAUGGAUGCUUAUAGAUAACAUUCGUGUUAAAAAAACAUCUGCUGAAUGUCUGACUUAACCAUGUGUAAUGUUUAUGCU